ACACACACACACACACACACACACACACACACACACACACAGGACACAUCACAGUGUCUUUACCGGGAGCGAGCAGAGCUGCUGGACUGGAGACUGACGCGUCCCGGCUCUGAAAGGGACAAAACAACACCGACAACAACGGAGAAGCAUCGAGGAAGCUCCGUUUCACCUUUAGAAAGACGGCUGGAUGUUACAUUUCCCUCCAGCAGUGGAUUAAAGGGAAUUUCAUUCUGAACACGAGGGGGGAGAAUGUCCAAAAUGGAGGUAAAGACAUCACUUCUUGACAACAUGAUAGGGGUGGGCGACAUGGUCCUGCUUGAGCCGCUGUCAGAGGAAACCUUCAUCAGGAACCUACAGAAGCGCUUUGAGCACAAUGAGAUCUAUACAUAUAUUGGUAGUGUGGUGAUUUCUAUGAACCCCUACAAGUCCCUGCCAAUCUACUCAGCAGACAAGGUGGAAGAGUACCGCAACAGGAACUUCUAUGAGCUCAGCCCUCACAUUUAUGCUUUGGCAGAUGAAGCAUAUCGGUCUCUUCGGGAUCAAGAUAAGGACCAGUGCAUCCUCAUUACUGGAGAAAGUGGUGCAGGAAAGACCGAGGCCAGCAAGCUGGUGAUGUCAUAUGUGGCUGCGGUGUGUGGGAAGGGCCAGGAGGUGAACAAGGUGAAAGAGCAGCUGCUGCAAUCCAAUCCCGUACUAGAGGCUUUUGGGAAUGCCAAAACUGUGAGGAAUGACAACUCCUCUCGAUUCGGCAAGUACAUGGACAUCGAGUUUGACUUCAAAGGGGAUCCACUGGGAGGCGUCAUCAGUAACUAUCUUUUGGAGAAAUCUCGUGUUGUGAAGCAGCCAAGAGGAGAGAGAAACUUCCACAUCUUUUACCAGCUGUUAUCUGGAGCAUCAGAUGAAACACUCAAGCUACUAAAGUUGGACCGAGACUUCAGCAAAUAUAAUUAUCUGAGUCUUGAUUCUGCCACAGUCAAUGGACUUGAUGAUGCUGCAAACUUUAGGACAGUUAGGAAUGCCAUGCAGAUUGUGGGUUUCAUGGAGGACGAGGUGCAGUCAGUACUGGAGCUGGUGGCUGCUGUGCUCAAGCUGGGCAACAUAGAGUUCAAGCCCGAGUCACGAGUCAACGGCUUCGAUGAGAGUCGGGUUAAGGACAAGAACGAUCUGAAGGAGAUGUGUGAGCUGUUGGGCAUUGAUCAGUCAGUGUUGGAACGAGCAUUCAGUUUUCGCACGGUGGAAGCUAAGAUGGAGAAAGUGUCAACAACACUCAACGUUGCUCAGGCCUAUUAUGCACGUGAUGCACUUGCCAAAAACUUAUAUAGCCGCAUGUUUAGUUGGCUGGUGAAUCGAAUAAACGAAAGCAUCAAGGCUCAGACCAAAGCCCGGAAGAAGGUUAUGGGGGUCCUGGAUAUUUAUGGUUUUGAGAUCUUUGAGGACAACAGCUUUGAGCAGUUCAUCAUCAACUACUGCAAUGAGAAGCUUCAGCAGAUCUUCAUCGAGCUCACCCUGCGUGAGGAGCAGGAGGAGUAUGUGCGUGAGGGUAUUGAAUGGACCAACAUUGAGUAUUUCAACAAUGCCAUCAUCUGUGACCUCAUUGAAAAUAACCAGAAUGGGAUCUUGGCCAUGCUUGAUGAGGAGUGUCUGCGGCCCGGGACCGUGACAGAUGAGACCUUCUUGGACAAGCUGAACACUGUUUGUGCUGAACAUCAGCACUUUGAGAGCCGCCUGAGCAAAAACUCAAAGUUCCUCACAGACCACAGCUUGCCUCAUAGCUGCUUUCGAAUCCAACACUAUGCUGGCAAGGUGCUGUAUCGGGUAGAGGGGUUUGUGGACAAAAACAAUGACCUGCUAUACAGAGACCUGUCCCAGGCUAUGUACAAGGCCAACCAUUGCUUGAUGAAAUUACUUUUCCCAGAGGGCAACCCUGCCAAAGUCAACCUGAAGAGGCCUCCUACAGCCGGAUUCCAGUUCAAAGCAUCAGUGAGCACACUCAUGAGGAACUUACAGACCAAGAACCCUAACUACAUUAGAUGCAUCAAACCCAAUGACAAGAAGUCAGCUCAAAUCUUCACAGAUUCAUUGGUGUGCCACCAAGUGCGCUACCUGGGCCUGAUGGAGAAUGUGCGUGUUAGACGGGCAGGAUAUGCCUUCCGCCAAGCUUACGAACCCUGCCUGGAGCGCUACAAGAUGCUCUGUAAGCAGACCUGGCCCCGUUGGAAAGGCCCUGCCAGGGAAGGUGUGGAGGUCCUCCUGAAAAACUUGGAGGUACCUGAAGAGGAGUUCUCCUACGGGCGCUCCAAGAUCUUUAUCCGGAAUCCCAGAACUCUCUUUUUCCUGGAGGAGAAAAGAAGGCAGUGUCUGGAGAACUUGGCUACACUCAUCCAAAAGAUCUACCGUGGCUGGAAGUGCCGCACACAUUUCCUGCUGUUGAAGAAGAGCCAGGUGGUGGUGGCCGCAUGGUACCGCAGAUUCGCUCAACAAAAGAAAUACCAGAAGAUCAAGAGCUCCUCCAUAGUGGUUCAGUCUUUCAUCAGAGGAUGGAAGGCCCGCAAGUUGCUGCGUGAACUGAAAUACCAGAAGAGAUGCAAAGAGGCAGUGACCACUAUUGCAGCCUAUUGGCAUGGAACACAGGCUCGCUGGGAACUGCAGCGUCUGAAGGAGGAGAUUCGGAAUAAACGUGCUGUGUCUGUCAUUUGGGCAGCCUGGUUGGGAAUGAAGGCUCGGAGAGAACUGCGGCGCUUAAAGCACGAGGCUCGGAGUAAACAUGCCGUGUCCAUCAUAUGGGCCGGCUGGCAAGGAACUAAGGCACGCAGAGAGCUAAAACGGCUGAAGGAGGAGGCCAGGCGUAAGCAUGCUGUCGCUGUCAUUUGGGCCUACUGGUUGGGACUCAAGGUCCGAAGGGAAUACAGGAAGUUCUUCAGAGCGAAUGCUGGCAAGAAGAUCUAUGAGUUCACCAUCCAGAGAAUUAUACAGAAGUAUUUCAUUGGUUUGAAGAACACCUUGCCUUCAAUGUCGCCAAUUGAUAAGAGCUGGCCAUCAAGAUCUUACCUGUUCCUGGAAGGCACACAUGAGGAACUCCGAAAGAUCUUCCAUCUGUGGAGGUGCAAGAAAUACAGAAACAAGUUCACAGAAGAGAAGAAAGCCAUCUAUGAGGAGAAACUGGAAGCAAGUAAGAUUUUCAAAAACAAGAAAGCUCUGUACCCCAGCAGUGUUGGGCAGCCUUUCAAAGGAGAUUAUCUGGAGAUUAACAAAAAUCCUAAGUACCAGAAGCUAAACAGUGUGGUAGAUGAGAAGGUGCUUCUUGCAGAUGUGGUUAAUAAAAUCAACAGGGCCAAUGGCAAGGGUGCUCCCAGAAUCUUCCUCCUCACCAAGAAAAACUUUGUUCUGGCUGAUCAGAAGACGGGUCAGUUAAAGGCCAGCGUCCCGCUUCCUGAUCUCGCCAGUGUCUCUGUCAGCACACAGAAUGAUGGCUUCUUUGCUCUCAAGCUCAAAGAGGGCACUGCAUCAGCAGCCAAAGGUGACUUCUUGCUGAACAGUGAUCGAUUAAUAGAGAUCAUCACCAAACUCUAUCGCACAGGGGCUGCUUCAGCCGACGUGGAACCAGUCAGUGUUGACAUCUCAGAUGAAUUCCUUGUGCAGUUCAAGCAGGAUAAAGUGUGUGUCAAAUUCAUCCAGGGCGGACCCAAGAGCAGCAAUCAAGUCGCCUGCAAACGUAAAAACAACCGCCUUCUGGAGGUGUCAGUUCCAUCCCCAUAAUGACCAGUCAUCUUCACUCCCUCUCAGGGUGCCAUUUCGAUGACUCUUCAUCAUCAAACCCAAAUUUAAACACAGUUCUCAAAUGACUGUGCAAUUAUUUUCUUGUCAUUGCCAUAUCUUAUAUUUUUAAAGACUUAAUCAUUGCAUUGUUGAGACUCAAAUAUUCCAUACAGCAGUAUUUGGGUACAUAAAGCAGACCUCAUAUUUACCUUGGGAUAGAGGUGGGAGGUGAUUCUUUCCUGACUGUCUUGGAUAGGGUGCAUUAAAAGUCCUGUUUAAUCAAGACAAUAAUAGUAAUGUUGUAAUUAUGAUGCUAUAGAUCAUCAUACAGUGUCUGGGCAUCAUGUACAUGUGAAUGGGUGAAGUGCUGUACACAUAGAUUGCAAGCGAGAAUUUUGUCCAAUUUCCAAAUUACUGCUGAAAGUUUGCACUUGUUUUGUUUACACGUGGGUAAAAAAAAAAAAAAGACAUUUUGAUUGGUUUGUCUUUGCUUUCUUGUUUUUUUCCCUCUACACAUUUUAAUUCUCACUGUGCACAACUUUUUUUUGCUGAAUUGCCAAAGUUUUAUAAUUUUGCAACAGCUGAUCCUUUCAGGUAGACCUUAUUCAUAAUACAUUACCCUUAUUAUUUACAAAGCCAAAUAACAUGUAAUCUCUACAGCCUGAAGGUAAUCUCAGAAAACCCAAAGGCCUUGUGGGUCUUGCAUUUGACCACAAUGUAUUUUUUCAAAAUAGAAAAUAAUUUUGUAUACUACUUAUUUUUCAAAAUUGUGUGGAUCUUACUCUUGUGCAAAAUGCAGUACAGCUGCAUCCCAAACUCAUGUGCACAAACUGACAACAAUCCCAUCUCUCAGAGGAUUCUGGUUCUUCCCCCUGCUGUGUUUAGGAAAUAUCUGGGAAACUGACAGCUACAGUGCUCAGGAAGACCUAACAGAAAAGCAUAGUACCACCGCAUCUCUGACAAUGUACUUGAUUGACAUUCUCAGUUGUCUGAAUGUAGUAAUGUCAGCUUCAGUGAAGAACCUGAUCAGUGCUUUUGGCAUGCUGAACUGAUUUUUAUGGAAAUAGAUUAGUUAGCGUGAUGUCUAGCUUCAGGAAAUGACAGAGAGCAAUUUAUGUACACCAGAGACUAAGCUGUGCUGUUUUACCCUCCCCCCCAAAAAAGUGUAGAAUGAAGAUGUCCCAUGUUGCUUAAUUACUCAUAACUGCGUGUACACUAGCCAAUUCAUAAAACCUAAAGGGAUGAUUUUCAGGAAACCCCAUUUUGUGUAUGUAGAAGGCUAUUAAUAGUAGCUGAUAUUUAUUUACUUAUUUCUUAAAUUUUUCACAUUCUCACCAUCGGAAUAUGGGUGGUUUUACUUUUUUAGCUGGCAAAUGGUAUAUGCAGUGAUUUACUUGGGACUAAUCCAGAUGUUUUUGUGUGAAACAAGCAUUAUACAUUGAAUUAUUUCAAAUGUUGGAAUGCUAACACAGUAUGAACUACACCACCAAACCACACAGGUAAACUAUAUGUUCAGUUUAGGUUUUUGUCACUGAUCAGGAAAGUCGGUGCUUUGCUUUUAAAAAUACUUAAUAUAAUAUUUUCUGUUUAUUCUUCAGUGGACAUUUUGUGGUGUUAAAUUUAUGAAGGUCUUGGCAGACAUUUUUGAAGACACAGCCCCUGGGAGAAGAUUUAACAUUUGCUUUUGCAGGUGUUCAAUAAUUUUCAAGCUUUUAAGAUGAUUAUGUAAUUUAACAGUAAACAGUAGUCAAGAUGAAUAGAUUAUUGUUCCCUUUUCAUGAGGGAUGAGGGAUGGGGAAAUUGUGCAAAUUUACUGACAUGUUCAUUGAUUGUGUACAGUCUUCAGCGCAGUAUACUAUAGUUAAUCUCUUUUUUUGUCAGGAAGUUCAAGAGAAAAGAACUUUGUGUCUAUUUUCAAUGACUAAAUGUAACCUGGUGUAUCAAGAGAACAUGGAUGUGUUUCUAUAAUGACUAAAUGCAACAAAGUAAAAGCAGUCUUUUUUGCUUUUUUAAAUUAAAGCAACAAAUAAAUAAGUUAGGCAAAUCAA